AUGUCUGUCCUACACGCCCAUCGCCGGGCUUCGUUGCACAAACACCACAAGAGAUUCUUUCAUGAAAACAGUGUUAACCUGGUGCUCGUCGCAUGCGGCUGUGUUCUUGUGGUCCUCUCCAUCUUCCUGCUCUUCUACCGCGCACAAAAGCGCAAGGCCGCUGCACCCAGCCAGAAUUUUCAGUUCCAGGGCCACGGCCAGACCAUGCCACAGCACCCCGACGGCGUGGCUGCUGUCCCAUUUUACCUUGGCCAAACUGUCCAGCCGGCCCAUCUAGGUCUGCAGAGGCAUGGGGAAGACCAGUUCGAUAUUCCAGCCCCUCCGUAUUACCCCCGGGAGCAAGAUGCUGCAAAGCAAGACCAGACCCUCUCUUAUUCUUCUUCUUCUUCUUCUCCUCAUCCCCCUCCACGGACAAGGUCGCCUCCACCAGACUAUAUACCGUCAACUACGCCAAAUAGUCAGCCCGGCCGGCAAACAGAUCCAAGCAGCACCUCGAAUCAAUGA